AUGAAGCUCAAUAUCGUCGCCCUUACUGGCUUGGUUGCUCUGGUUGCCUCACAGGAUGCCUCUUCGACAACCACUUCGUUGACACCUCAGCAGUCAUGCGCAACAAAGUGCGACCCUACUGAUGUAUGCUGUAACGCUGCAUGCUACCAGGUCCCUUGCCCCGAUAACUCUAUGGCAAACGAGACCACCGAAUGCGCAGCUGCCUGUCCUCAGGGAAAUGGUACCGCCGACGAAACCGCGGCCUAUGCCAGCUGUCAGCAGGCUUGCUUUAGCUCUUUGUUCUUCACCGGAACUGCUGCGACCAAGGCUACUGCCUCUGGUUCUAAAUUCGUUGGUGAUGUGUCUGCUACGGCCACCGCCACUAGCACUGGCACUGGAAUUGCUGACUCUAACACCAACAAUGCCGAGCGAACCGGCUCGUCUCAGAGCUCUGAUAGCUCUGCCACUUCCACUGGCAGUCUCACCACUGAAUCUGGCUCUGCAAGCCAGAUUGGAGUCCAGUUUGGUGUUGCAGGUGUCCUCGGCGCCAUGAUGGCUGCUUUCUUUCUCUAG